AUGAUACGUUAUAACUAGUGCGAUGGUAAUAAUUUUUAUCGAUCGUCUGAAAUAUCGAUUCGUUUAAGUUUCAUCGAAAACGGAACAGAAUCAGUUUUUACGCAAAGAAUGCGUUUAGUAGAACUUUGAAUGUACAUUGAAAUAAUAGAAAUCACAAUUUCGUGUUCACCGAAAUUUUAAUCCCUAUCUCAAAAUGGUUUUGAGUCGCAACGACAAACGAAAAAGGAAAGAAGGAGAUCUGGUAGAUCUUAUGGAACCACUUUCGGAAUCUCCGAAAAGAACCAAAGUUCAUGCACAAAGAAAAUUUGCGCAAGGUGCGAUCGCAGUAUUUAAUACAUCACCUACACCUAUUAAAGACAAAGAGAAAGCUAAACCUGGUACAAUCACAGAAUUAAUAACUCACAAACGACCAAACACUGAGGAUUUUUUAACAUUUUUAUGCUUCAGAGGAACAUCUAUUUUGCCACCUAAUUUAAAUUUUUUCAAUACUGGCAACAAAAAGGAGAAACAAGGAUCUAAACCAACUCAAACUUCUAUAGAAAAAACAUUGUCCUCUACUAGUACUUUCACAGAGAUUCAGAAGCAAGAAAACACAUGCCAAAAAAAUGUGACAAAAGUAAAACCUAUUGUUUCGAAUAAAAAGAAAGUGACAAGUGCAUUACACAAAAGUAUUACUAAACUUAAGACGACUACAUCUACGGUUCAAGCACUUAAAAAAAAAUAUCAAGAACAACGCCUUGCUAAGCAAAGAAUCAAAAAUAAAUUUAAAACUACUUGCGUUAUGAAGACAAGAUCAUGUACGGAGAGAUCUAUGUUAAAGGCUGGACUUCAGUUGACACCGCGAAAAUUUUUACCUAAAAUCAAGACAAAGAGGCAUGGCUUAAGAAGUAGUGUACUACCAGAGAAAACUAGUAAAUCUCUAUCAAAAACGAAAGUUACGUUACCAAAACCAAAGAAGAAAGUCAAUCUAAAAUUGAAAAAUAGUGAUACUUCAAAUAUAGAUAUGUCAUCCGAAGAAGACAAUGAUGUCGACAACGAAGAAAGGGAAGAAUUACAUAUAGAGAAAGCAACAUCACAAAUAAAGCGAAACAUACAAAGAGGCAUCCAAAAAAAGAUUUGUACUAGAAGUAAGUCAGAAAUGAGGAGAGUUACUCGAUCGUCUAGUGGCACAGUCUCUUCACAAAAUCUUUCUAGGAGGCCUACCAGAAAAACAAAAGAAGCAGCUGCUGUGUAUAUGGAAAUUCUUGGGAGAAAACUAGUGAGCCCGGAUUUAGAAAAUGAUAACGUUUCAGUUGAGAGCUUUCCCGAGCUGCCAAAUGCUCGUAGAAUAACGCAAACGGAGAACGAGCUUAAAGCCAAAGUGAAACAAAGUAGUAUCAAGGCUAUUGUUAAAACCAAGGAUUCUAAAGUUAGUUCCUACAAUAGUAACACUAAUAAGCGAUUGGAUAAAAGCAAAAAUAAUAAACUGAUUUUAAAGAGCAAACGUCUGCUGAGGGUACAAAGAUAUUGUGAAGAGGAUAGCGACGAAGAAUCUGAGAGCUCGAUAGAAACAAACAAUUCAAGACCUAUUACCAGACAGAGUCUUGGGAAAAUUGAUAAACCAAUCAGAAGCCUUAGAUCAUCCUCCAAAAAUGCAACUAUACAAACAGAAAUACAAAGUAACGUAAAUAAUAAACCGAAAACUCAAAUUCAAAAUUGCGUGAAAUCAGUUAGAGAAAAAUUUGUGUUAAAACACAAACGCGAGAAAAAUAUAUGUAAAACGUCGUUAAAUAAGAUUAAACAAAAGAACCUUAAAAGUAAUCAAAAUGAGAAGGGGGAAUCAGAAGAGGAGACGUUAGGAAUGCUACUCAAUAAAAUAAAGAAGAAAAAAGAUAACGAGGAAGAAGAGGAAGGGCAGAUCCCUGACAAUAUUAACAAUCUGAAAGAUAAAAAGGCAGCUUGCAGUAACAUACAAAAAACAACUGAUCUGUCGAAGGUAUCAGACGACGAGGAAUCUUUUCGAGGGUUUACUAAGAAGGCAAUAUCAAAAGUUUUGAAUUCAUGUCAGACGCAUGCUAAUGUUAAUUUAUUAGUCACAGAGUCUGACAAAAAGUUGAAUUUACCCAAAACAUUGGAUGUAUCGCAAACAGCGAAUCAAAGCGUCAUUUUACAGAAAAGUAAAGUAGAAACAUCAUCAAUCAAAGACGGUUUUUCCGUUGCGAAUCCGUUAAAUGGUGAAUGCAAUGUAUUUGUGCAGGAAAAAUCUAUAUUAGAUUUGUCCGACAAGACUCAAAGCUUAUUGUUGCCAUUUACAGAACAGACGAGCAAAAAAUGUAAUCGCGAAAAUGAGGUUUCUUCCAAUCUUAUACCACUAUCUACUCUGCACACAAGAAAAGAACGAGUAAAUAUGUCAACCGAACAAAUAGAAAAGUGGUUGAAUGAAAGUUCAUUUGCCAAAGAAGAGAGCAAGCUGGAGAUGGAAAACGUUUCUAGUUUUAGGUACGAUUCUGCAGAAAAGUUAAAGACGGAUGUCUCGCAUCUAUCUAUUUCAACGAAAAUCCAACAUUUGGUACGCCCGGUCAACGUUACACUUUCAAAAUUAUCAGAUAAGACAAAUUUGAAGGAUCGUAUAGGAGUCCACAAUAAAAAUGUGAUACCAGUAAUAUCCGAUAUGCGUAAUACCGGAGUGAAGCGACAAAAUGCAGUUGUUGACAAAAAUAAGAGCACUAUCAAAGGAAAACAGACUGUCAAGAAUAAAACUGGAAAAACGAACAAAGAUACCUCUUUUUCUGAAGAUACAAGCAACAAUACUGUCUUUAAAACAGAUCAAAACUCGGUGGAUGAUUCUGUAGAGAAGAAAUCAUCGACAGAGAAGAAAACGUUUCAGCCGCGAAAACCUUUUUUGCCCAAAGUCAAGGAACGGAAAACUGUAAUACCGAAUGCGAACGCGUUUUCGCCAGAGAACGAGAGCAGUGUUUACGCAUUUGAAAGUGAUGCCGAAGUUCCCGUUAGCACACCUUUCCGAAGAAAAAUCAAAGAUAAUGCAAGACGUUCGACAGCAGCAACCUCUACGGAGACCAUAAUAUCCGAGUCCAAAAUAAUCCCUAACAAAUUAAGUUCAAAGGAUUCUGAACCAUUGGAUAGUAAAGAAAAAUCAUUAAACGAUCCCGUAACGAUUGCAAAGAAAGAACAAGAGUCGCAAAGAUCAAAGAACGUAGUAAAUAUAACUCCAAGCGUGAGCAAGUUUGAAUUACCCAAUAAUUUUGCAAGCUUGACCACUGUCCAAGUGCUGCCACUUGAUAAACUCACGACAAGUUGGAGCAACUUAAAUUGUAGUGCUUCCAUAGCGGUACAAGUGAAUCUCGACGAGACCACGCGAGAACACGAAAACAAUAUAAGUCAACAGAAAAGUACCGAGAUAUCUACUCAAACCGAAAUGAAUAACGAGAAUGACGACGACAACGAUGGACAUCUAUUUUAUAUUCCGUUACAGGCUGUUACAAGAGGCGGUCCAAAUCUGGUACAAGGACAACAGCUAAUACAGGGCGUGGCUGUUAAACUCGGUACUGAAGGACCGACUGGUCCUAAUCAAAGAGUACUCCUUCGAGCUAAAUUGGUCACUAAGCCACCGUUAUCAGUGGCACGUUGUCCACCAAUAGGUACAGUACAGCCGACAACGCGUACUCCAUCUAAUCCUGCAGUAAUUACAGUGGAACAACAAGUUCCAUCAACAUCAUCGACCGCAACUGUGUCAACCGCAAUAGCAAGUAUGUCGAACGUGGAGAUGCAAUCAACAUCAUUAAUGAAAAAUGAAAUGUCAAUGCCAAGUUUGAAUCGUCAAAAUGUCAGUACGAUUAUAAAUAGCAAUUCAGAAAAACUCACAAAAUCACCAAAGUCUAGAGAAAGAAAAACUUCUAUAGAUUCGACAAAAAGCGGGAAGAGGAUACAAAUGAAAUGCAAACAAAAGGAACUAGGCUCUUCAAGCAGUAGUACGACGUUUCUAGGCACGAAAAUCGCGAAUGAUGAAGCUCGCGUAGUCGAGGCGCCAACAUUUCAUCCAACGGAGAAAGAUUUCCAGGAUCCAUUAGAGUAUAUAGAUAAGAUAAGGCCAGUCGCUGAAAAAUUUGGAAUUUGUAAAGUGGUACCUCCACCGAAUUUCAAGCCAGAAUGCAAGGUGUCUGAUGAUAUGAGAUUUACCGCUUAUAAUCAAUAUGUACAUCGCAUGCUACACAGAUGGGGUCCUAAUGUAAAAGAAAUUAUGGCUAUCAAGAAAUAUUUAGCUACUCAGAGUAUUACUUUGACUCAACCUCCAUGGAUUGGUGGAAUGGAGGUAGAUUUACCUCAUUUAUAUCAAACAGUUCAAAGUUUGGGUGGAUUGAAAGAAGUAAUUGAGAAAAAAAAGUGGCAAAAAGUAGCAGAUGGCAUGAAAAUACCGAAAUCAGCACAGGAUCGUGUUACUAAAUUAGAUGAUAUUUAUUGUAAAUAUUUAUUGCCAUAUGAUACAUUAUCCCCAGAGGAACGUGGAAAAUUGUUUGAUGAGGUUGAAAGUGAAUGGAUAAAAAAAGAAAGCAAAGCCUUGCAAAGGCAAGAAGUAUCAUCUAAUGAUAACGAUGAGGAAGAGGAUGAAGACAGUUCUGAUGAAAUUGAAGAAUGCAUCGUUAAAGGAAGAAACAUGCCAUUGAAUGCUUUUUAUCGAAUUGCCCGUAAUACUCAACGUAUGUGGUUCGGUGAAAAUCAACGAGGAAAUGAAACCGAGGGUGCUUCCGCCAACGAGGUAGAGAAUGCAUUUUGGAAACAUGUUGCCGAGAGAAAACGUCAUGUCUGCGUACAUGCGGCAAGCAUUGAUUCAAGCGGUCGUGGAUUUGGAUUUUCUGUUGCAAAAAACAGUCCGUUUGCAAGACAUCCUUGGAAUCUUAAAGUGUUCACUAACAAUCCUGGAUCAGUAUUAAGAGCUUUGGGUCCAUUAAUGGGUGUGACCGUACCAACAUUGCAUGUGGGUAUGUUAUUCAGCGCUUGUUGUUGGUACCGUGAUCCGCAUGGUCUACCAUGGAUAGAGUAUCUACACACAGGCGCCAAAAAAAUUUGGUAUGGGAUACCUGAUGAGCAUAAUAAUAAUUUCCGAAAAGCGCUCUCGAAAAUGGUACCACAAUAUUGCAAAAAUAAGACGAUAUGGUUACCUUCUGAUACUGCUAUGGUUCCACCGGAAUUAUUAGUGAGCAAUAAUGUACCAUUAUGUCAGACUGUACAAGAACCAGGACAAUUUAUAAUAGUAUUUCCAAAAGCGUUCACAUCAAGCAUAUGUACCGGUUAUGUUGUAUCUGAAAGCGUAUAUUUCGCACAACCAUCCUGGUUAGAAACUGCAGAACAAGUAUUUAAGGAUAUACAAGAUAGUUGCGAACCUUCUAUUUUUUCAUUUGAAAGAUUGUUAUUUAAUAUUAUUAAUGAUACGAGAUCGCACAUAGAUAUAUUGAAACAGAUAUUACCGAGUGUAAUAAAGAUUUGUGAAAAAGAAUUAGAUUAUCGUAAACAGCUGGAAAAUGUAGGUCUUAUCAAUAGAGAAAGAUUGCCUUUACCAGUUAAUGGAAAAGGGAAGAAAGGGAAAAAAGUGAAAGAGGAUGAUGGUGACUUUGAAUGUGAGACAUGUAGAGCCAAUUUGUUUGUCUCUUUGGUAAAUAAUUCUCGAGAUGACAGCGUUUAUUGUUUGCCGCAUGCCUUGCACUUAAUUAAUUGUAAGAAGCAGGUUUUGAAACAUUGUACUCUCAUGUACACGUAUGAUGAAGAUGAAUUAGACGAAUUGAUUCACAAACUGGAAAACAGAAUUGAAGCCAAAUCUAAAAAAACUAAUCAAAUAAAACAAAAUAAACAAGAAAAAUAA